AUGAACGGAGACGUGGGAAGGGACGCUGGGGGAGUAAACGGGACUGUGGGUUCGGGAGCGUCUGCCGGGACGCAAGAGGUGAGGCAGGCGGCGGUUGCCCGCUUGCAGGGAGCCACCAUGAGGCGGCAAGCGGUUGGUGACCUGGCGGCGGCAACUGCCCGCCUGAGCUUGGGGGGCCCUGUUCUCACCAACGGACAACCCUGGGCCGCCUCGGCCUCGACCGGCAGCGCACCGGAGCUGCCACGGAUUCUCAUCACCAGCCCUGAUGGGACGUCAGUGUGGGCAACUGACGCUCUCGGAGGGAAUGGUCCCAGUGGCAGCAACGGAUCCUGA